AUGGCUGGGAAGAAUUACACCUUUGUGACAGAAUUCUUCCUGACUGCAUUCACUGAACAUCCUGAGUGGGGCAUCCCUCUCUUCCUGGUAUUUUUGAGUUUCUACCUGUCCACUCUGCUGGGGAAUACAGGAAUGAUCAUUCUGAUCCAGAAGAAUCGUCGACUUCAAACCCCAAUGUACUUCUUCCUCAGCCACCUUUCCUUUGUGGAUAUCUGCUACUCCUCUGUCAUCAUCCCCCAGAUGCUGGCUGUGCUGUGGGAACACGGCACCACCAUCUCCCAAGCCCGCUGUGCCAUUCAGUUCUUCCUCUUCACAUUCUUUGCUUCCAUUGAUUGCUACCUCUUGGCAAUCAUGGCUUAUGACCGCUAUGUGGCUGUGUGCCAACCCUUGCUUUAUGUCACCAUAAUGACAGAGAAGGCCCGUGUGGGCUUGGUAGGUGGGGCGUAUGUGGCUGGCUUUUCCAGUGGCUUUGUUCGAACUGUCAUAGCCUUCACCCUUUCCUUCUGUGGAAACAAUGAGAUCAACUUCAUUUUCUGCGACCUCCCUCCUCUGUUAAAGCUCGUGUGUGGGGACAGCUACAUCCAGGAAGUGGUGAUUAUUGUCUUUGCCAUUUUUGUCAUGCCUGCCUGCAUCGUGGUGAUCUCGGUGUCCUACCUGUUCAUCAUUGUGGCCAUUAUGCGGAUCCGCUCUGCUGGAGGCCGCGCAAAAACGUUCUCCACCUGCGCCUCCCACCUCACUGCUGUCGCCCUCUUCUUUGGCACCCUCAUCUUCAUGUACCUGAGAGAUAAUGCAGGCCAGUCCUCAGAGGGGGACCGGGUGGUGUCUGUUCUUUACACGGUGGUGACCCCAUUGCUGAAUCCACUCAUUUAUAGCCUAAGGAAUAAGGAGGUAAAGGAGGCCGUCAUGAAAUCUCUGAGAGGAUCAAAGGUCUCAGAAAGCUCCUAA